CCUCUUCCUUCCAUGACGGGGCUGCUUCUGUCUUCACUGCCACAAAUACAUACAUAUCCUAAGAAGCCCCACCACCACUCUGCCGCGAUGGACUCCCCCGGUAGCUACAUCCGCCCCAUCCGGUGCUUCCGGCCGCCGACCCUCCCCGUCCCGACCGACGGCAUCAACCCGAUCGCUGUCUCCGGGACCUCCUACGUCCCUGACCCCCCGCACUGGAAGAAGGCCGCCGAGGCCCUCUCUUGUGCCCACUUUGACGAGGUCCACCGCAUGAUCACCCAGUUCUCCACCCUCUCCUCCGUCGACCUCGAGGGCACCACCCUCACGGUCGCGCAGGUCGCCGCUGUUUCCCGCCGCCUCACGGUGUCCGUCGUCCUCGACGCUGACACUGCGCGCGAACGCGUCGACCGCAGCGCCGCCUGGGUCGCUGACAACAUCGAGCGCGGCACCGACACGUACGGUGUCACCACCGGGUUCGGCGCCACGUCACACCGCCGCACCAAGAAAACCGCCGACCUCCAGACCGAGCUCAUCCGCUUCCUCAACGCCGGCGUCGUCGGUAAGGAGUUCCUCCCCUCGAGCUACGCCAAGGCCGCGAUGCUCGUGAGGACCAACACCCUGAUGCAGGGCUAUUCCGGCAUCCGGUGGGAGCUCCUGGAGGCCAUCGCCAAGCUCAUGAACUGCAACAUGAUCCCCAAGCUACCGCUGCGGGGCACCAUUACCGCCUCAGGCGAUCUCGUCCCGCUUUCCUACAUCGCUGGCCUACUUACCGGGCGGCACAAUUCGAGGGUGGUCACCCCCGAGGGCGACGAGAUCACAUCCGUCGAGGCGCUGAAGCGUGUCGGAAUCGGAGCGCCGUUUGAGCUCCAGGCAAAGGAGGGGCUUGCGCUUGUCAACGGCACCGCGGUCGGCUCGGCGGUGGCGGCCACCGUGUGUUACGACGCCAACAUCCUAGCCUUGCUCUCGGUAAUCCUAUCGGCGAUGUUCUGUGAAGCCAUGCAGGGCAAGCCGGAGUUCACCGAUCCAUUGACCCAUGAACUGAAACACCAUCCAGGCCAGAUCGAAUCAGCGGCUAUUAUGGAGUUCCUGCUCGACGGCAGCGACUAUAUGAAGGAGGCCAAGCUGCGGCACGAGCGCGAGCCGUUGACGAAGCCGAAGCAGGACCGGUACGCUCUGCGGACGUCGCCGCAAUGGCUCGGGCCGCAAAUAGAGGUGAUCCGCACGGCGACGCACUCGAUCGAGCGGGAAAUCAACUCAGUCAACGAUAACCCCCUCAUCGACGUCGCCCGCGACAUCGCUCUCCACGGCGGCAAUUUCCAGGGGACACCCAUCGGCGUUUCCAUGGACAACCUCCGCGUCGCGCUGGCGGCCAUCGGGAAGCUGGUCUUCGCGCAAUUCUCCGAGCUCGUCUGCGACUACUACAACGACGGCCUACCGUCCAAUCUGAGCGCCGGCGCCGACCCCAGUCUCGACUACGGCCUAAAGGGAGCCGAGAUCGCCAUGGCCGCCUACUGCUCGGAGCUCCAGUACUUGGCCAACCCGGUGACGACCCACGUCCAGAGCGCCGAGCAGCACAACCAGGACAUCAACUCCUUGGGCCUAAUCUCGGCGCGUAAGAGCGCCGAGGCUGUGGAGAUCCUGAAGCUGAUGAUGGCCACCUACAUGAUCGCUCUGUGCCAAGCAAUCGACCUGAGACAUCUGGAAGAGAACCUGAGAGAGGUCGUGAAGCACGUCCUGCUGCAGUCAGCCAGGAAAUCGCUCUAUGUGGCGGAGGACGGCAGGCUAACAGAGGCGAGAUUCUGCGAGAAAGAACUGAUCCAAGUCGCCGAAAGGCAGCCGGUUUUCUCCUACAUCGACGACCCCGCGAACCCGUCGUACGCGUUGAUGCUCCAGCUGAGAGAGGUUUUGGUCGAGAAGGCGCUGGAGGGAACAGAGGAAGGCAUGGCGGCGUUCAAGCGGAUCCCCAAGUUCCAGGAGGAGCUGGGUAGCGCACUGAAUGAGGAGAUCGCCAAGGCGAGGGAGAGGUUUGGGAGAGGAGACUUCAUUGUGGGGAGUAGGAUAAAGAAGUGCAGGACUUACCCGGUGUACAACUUCGUGAGGGAGGAGGUGGGCACGGAGCUGCUGACAGGGGAGAAGAAGGUGAGUCCCGGGGAGUACAUAGAGAAGGUUUAUGAGGCGAUGGAGGAAGGGAAGAUCGGAGAGGUGGUGGUGAAGUGCGUCGGGGAGUGGCGGGGGUCGGCCGGUCCGUUCACUCCACGGCCCGAGGCCUCGUCGCCGGCCCUCAGGAAUCCGGAGAACUGGAGCUGGUUUGAGCAGGUGAGGUCGCCGUCGGCCACCAGCGGGAGGGGGUAUUGGAACUUAUGAGGAAGAAAGAUGGUGAUUGGCUGCCCGUCUUAGAUUUAUCUCCCUGCAGUCACAUUGCCUCCUCCCUGCAUGUGCUUGUAAGCUUCAACGCUGGUGAUUUUGUUUGUUUACUUUGUACUGCUUGUGCAUCUCGAAACCCAAAUAACUCUUCGGAUCCAAAGCUACAUUUCUGCUGAUUAUAAUAUUUUGACGGAGAAAAAAA